CUUCAAGACAGUCGAAGUGGGUUGCACCUCGUAGAUUGCGCCACGUAGAUUGCAAGCCAUUUAUGCCGUAGGGGUGGCGUUCGCACCAGGCCGCCGGUGUGCUUGCGCGCCCUUGCUUUCAGGCUCCAGUAUUUGCGUGCGACGCCAUGGCGUGUCGAGGAAGCAACUCCGGUCGCCGCCACACGAGAUUGCGCGAGGAAAUCUCCGAGCGGCGGAUCACGACGCUUCGACCAGACGUGUUCCGCAUCGUGACGCCCGCGCGCGUGCUCGAGAACUUUGGGGCGGUCUUCGAGGGCUCGCAGUCCGCGACCUUCAAGCUCUCGGAGGACGGGCCCGACGCAGUGCGGAGCGACGACAGCGCAGUGCCCUUGCGGGAGUCGCAGCUCAGCGACGCCGACGCCGUCUUCUACGCCACGCAGGUCGCGACGUCCGUGGACGCUUUCCUAUCGCACGCCUGGGGCGCGCCUCGCUGGCAGAAGGCCCUCGCCGUGUACUAUUACCUCAACGUGAACUUUGCCAUCGUCGUGUCUGUCGGCGCCUGGCUCUGCGCGGCGGCGUGGCUGAUCGGCUCGAACGGCUUCACGGGCAUGGGCGGGUGGGACCUCGUGCCCUUCCUCGUCUACGCGCCCGUGUGCCUCUUCUUCGUGUGCCUCUUCUGCGGCCACCACGUGCGGGCGUCGGUCUCGAGCCUGUGGCUGGACAAGCUCUGCAUCCACCAGCUCAACCCCGAGCUCAGGCUCCUCGGCGUCUCGAGCCUCCCGGAGGUCGUGGGCGCGGCGGAGCGGCUCUGCGUCCUCUGGAGCGACACGUAUUUCGAGCGGCUGUGGUGCAACGCGGAGGUCGCCACCUUCUGCGCCCUGCGCGGCGGCGCUGAGCAGGUGGACUUUGUGCCGCUCUGGCUGCCGCCCUGGGUGCUCCUCGCCAUCCUCCUCGACCUCGUCUGCUCCUCGCUCUGCGCGCGCAUGAGCUUCGUGGCCCCGGUGAUCGGGGAGAUGCUCAUGGAUCGGCUCGGCGCUGAGCUCUGGGUGCUCUGCCUGGUGGCCGUCUGCGCGUGCGUGCUGCAGCACACGGUGGGCUACCUGCCGCUCGUGCUGCCCAAUUAUUUUGCCCUCACCACCAAGCUCCGAGAGCACCAGGGCAUGCUCGGCCAGCUCCGCGACUUCCGGCACGCCAGCGCGAAGUGCACGGUGGAGAGCGACCGGCCGAAGGUGGUUGAGCACAUCUGCGGCCUCUUCGGCGAGGACGGCGACGACAGCGAGCAGGCGGUGCGCCGCUUCGACGAGUUCAUGGGCAGCGAGCUCGCGACCAGCAUCCGCGCGCAGGUUGGGGCCGCGAACGUGCUGCCGCUGCGGGAGGCAUUCCUCGUCGUCAUGCCGCUCGUCUACACGGCGGUCGCCAUCGUUCUCGCCUGCGACGGCCAGGCCUGCGCGGACUCUGCGCGGCUGGAGAUGCCGCCGCCGCCGCCGUGGCUGGGGGCCGUGCCGGCCUACAUGCUCGUGAACGGGGGUUCCUACGCCCUCGCAUGCCUCGCCACGUAUCCCGCGACCUACCCGUCGAUGCUCCUCCUCGUCGCCAGGGCGCAGACGCUAGGCUGGCCGCGGCUGCGGGCUGCGGCGACGGUGGGGGCGAUCAUUCUCUGCUACUGCUUGAUGGGCGUGGGCAUCGGCGUCAGCUGCGGCUUCGUGCUCUUCGCGGUGGAGUGCGGUGGAUGGUUCAUCGCCGCGGCAGGCCUGUGGGCGUUGCUGUUGGUGGCGUACUUGCUUUGGGUAACGGGCUUCAAGCUCAGGAUGCGGUCCGCGUAAACCCUAGAGCAGCCACCCAACGUGGUGCAGAGUUUGUUACGAGAUGCUCAUCUUUCGAGAUGCUGGGUUUUGCUGGUCUAUUGCCGGCCGUCUUCCCUGAUUGUAUGAUUGAACGUUUUUGUAUUCAAGACGUUCGGUUGGGGACGGCAUGCCCUUCUUGUCAGCAGUAAUGCCAUCGAUGCAGGUAUCGCAUAUGUCAUCGCCGCAGUUCAUAACGAUUCAUUUUCCAAUACGUGGCCGUCCAGACAUUCUUCUGGCAGGAUGCGCGAUAUCUGGUAUCAAGGCGUGACGUAAAUGAAUCCGGGGGAGCUGCACGUUCGAACCAGCCAGUGGGUACGGCAUGCUCUCGCGUUACAGCAACUCUGCAUGCGACAGCAGACUCUAACCGUGGGAGGGAUCUUAUCCUCGGCUCGUUUUACCUCGUCUGCCCUGGACAUAGUGCCGAGGGGCCCGUGAGCGCGCACCUGCGCUUCGCUUCGAAGCUACCUGCAGGUGUAAGUUGAGCUCACGGUUAACUGUCUGAGCGAGUAGUGUAUAGCAUACACGCACGUGCAUGGAUCAUUGGAUCUCCAAGUGUUUGGGAUGAUUGCACGAGGAUCGCACGGUCCUCCUCCUCCGCACCCUCAAAUGGGCGGCCACACACCCCAUCUCAAGAGGCUGGCGCGAUUGGUCCGCGCGUCGUGCGCUGAGCGGCACACCUUGGAUGGCUGCUCCGAGGCAUGCCUCAGAUGUAGGCUGCGGCCGCCCAACGGCCACUGCCAGACAAAGACCUCGAGGCGUUGCGAAUAAGGAAAA